AAAAUGAUUUGGAAAACGAGAUUAUAGCCGUCAAAACCCAAGAAUGGCGCAGUGUCUCCGCGGCAAGAGCGCCGGGGAGGCGGCGAUCCGCGCGGCGGCGCCGUGGCGGAGGGCGGCCUUGGCGUCAUACCACCACACGAUCCAGGCGGUGCCGCGGGAGACGGCCGGGCCACGCGCCGCAGCGCGGGAGCGCCGCCACGGCCGCGUCCCGGCCGUCCUGCUCACGCUCGCCGGCGCCGGGCCCGGGGACGGGGUCGCGCACCGGAAGCUCCUCACCGCCGACAGGAAGCAGCUCGCGGAGAUGCUCAAGCAGUCGCCCUACUUCCUCACCACCCCUGCCCGCCUCCAGGUCCGAGCGGGCGAGCGAUCCACCGCCGUCGUGCACUCCGGCACCGUCCUCCCCAUCAAGUUGCAUAGAGAUGAAACCACAGGGAAUAUAUUGAACUUGGUAAUGGUGCAGGCAGAUGAGGGAACAAUGCUGAAGGUGAAUUUGCCUGUUGAGUUCAAGGGGGUGGAUGCUUGCCCUGGGUUGAAGAAAGCAGGAGGCUUUUUGCAGAAAAUAAGGACCAGCCUGGUGUAUCUCUGCCCAGCUGAGCACAUCCCUCAAAAAAUUGAGGUGGACCUGACAAAUCUCGAUGUCGGAGAUAGGGUAUUAAUGCAUGACAUCCCCGUCCAUCCAUCGCUCAAGUUGCUGAGUAAAAACGAGACCAUGCCUGUCUGCAAGAUUUUGGCCGCAAAGCCCGUUGAGUAGGAAACAAUACAAGAUUUCAGAACUGAUGACAUUGUGCCUGAGGUGGUACAGCCCUCCAACGAUUCCAUCUCUAGUUCUGGGCUUGCAUUUUUAGUUUUAUGUUCUCUAGGUUUCAGUGUGCUGGUAAAUCCAAACAAGUUAUCGUAUGUAAGAUACGAAUGAACCAAGUGAAGAACAAUCAGAAGCGUAUUCUUCUCUGUAAUGCUAUAAACUAACUUCCGUUACCUCUCAGUUCAGGGACAUAUGACAUGUAAGAAGACGUUUCGGAUUA